AUGUAUCAUUCACCGGCAAAUGAAAACUAUUUGCAAGAAAAAUCAACAACAACGAGAAAUAAUAAUAACAAUAAUAAUAAUAACGAUCACCAAUCUUAUAUCAAAAUGAGCGCACAUCAAAAUCAGAAUAUUGAUCAACUCCUUCGACCAUAUGGGAAUUACUUAUUAUUUAAUCCGUACUUAAAUUCUCAAACAUCUAUCUCAACUGCUGCUCCUUCUCAAGUUUCGGCAUCUCCAGUGUCAAUUGCAACUGCCGCUGCUCUCAAUACCGUCUUUAAUCCUCGAUAUCAUCAACAUCUUAAUCAUUUGAAUGAAACAGCGUUUACUCAUACAAAAAUGUUACAAGAAAUUAUUGAGAAACGUAAAGAUUCAUCAUCUUCACGUUCAUCAUCACCUACAGAACAACAGCCAAAUGGAAAACAGCAACAAUAUGGUAAAAAACAACUAACCGACAUAUCACAAUCAAAUUUUGAUAAGAACAAUAAUUGUACAACAAAAAAAUCAAAAGAAUAUUUAUCACCACCAGAAGAUGAUGUGAAAUCAGACGAAACAAUGGUAAAAUAUUAUUGUCAAAACCGAAUGCCACGUCACAAUAGUGAUUGUGAUCAUACAUCAUCUCACAGCUCACAGCAAUCAUCUCCAUCAACAUCAAUCACAGCACACAAACGAUCGUAUGAUACGGAAGAAAGCGAUUGCAAUUCACCAAAACGUCGUCGAAAACAACCAAAACCACAACAUGUCGCAGCGGACGAUGAAAACAUCAGCAUAACGCAAAAAAACACUAGUAGAUCAAAUGAAAGUUCGACUAUUGACGAGCAACUAAGUAAUGGUGGGGCUUGUCAUGAAUCUACUGUCGAUGGUGAAGAAUUAGAAGAUCAAAGUAGUGAGAAUGAACACAAUAAUCAUCUUAAGAAUAUCAGUACUGAAAUAGUUCAAGAACCUAACAAACAGCAAGAACAACAAUCGGAAAGAAAUGAGAUAAUGAAAAGUAUUCCACCUUUACUACCAUCAGCAGCAUCAGCUCCAUUUUUGGCCUAUAUACACGAUUUAGCACGAGCAAACAAUGUUACUUCACCGUUGCAUGUGACAAGAUUUCUUGAAAAUUUACAGAAAGAAUUAUUUAGUGCUGUUAACAAUGCUAUUGGACAUACAUUUCAAAAAGUUUUUGAAUCAACAUCACAAAAUCUCUCUCAAAAUGAUCUCAAUAAAUCGAGUGUUUCAGCACCUCUUUCGCAACCACAACAACCAUUAACAAAUGAACAACGUAGAAUAUCAUCUGAGUCGAAACCCGUUAACCACUCAACACCUGCGCCAUCAACUCAUCGUUUAAUCUCAUCGAUGCCUCGACAAAAUGAGAAUGAAAAACGAUCAUUGCAAAAACAGCAGCAUUCGAAUACUUCAACUCCUAUGUUACCAUCAUUUCGUUUACCCGAUCGUCCGGCUGUGCUUCGGCCACCAUUAUCUCAAGUAUUUUCUCAACCAUUUGGUCAUCAAGCAGCGGCAGCCGCUCUUCAUCAUCAUCCCUAUUUUUCUCAAAUGUUAUUUACCAAUUCAUUGAUUAACCAUUUUCCACAAAUACCUCCAAUGUUGCGUUUUCUUGGAAAUGGUACACAAGCGCAAGUAGCAGGAGUAACAGCAGCUAAUCCAUCAAUUGGUCUACAUCAUCCGUCGGAUGAACACACCAUUGAUCAUUUUGAUUUUAAUUUAUCAACACCGAAAAAACGUCGCACAAAAGUAACAGAUACACGUUUAUCACCUCGUGUAACAAAAGUUUUAUCAUCUUCACAAGACCAAAUAAAAAGUGAAGAGCAUCAAAAGUCACCAGAAUCAUCAACAUCGACAAACAAUAUGUUAACUAAUUCGUCGAGUCUUUAUUUUGAAAAUGGCCUCGAAUCAACCGACGUUUAUUCACCAAGAGAUGAACAAACAUCAUCCAAUCUAUCAAGUGAUCCACCAGGUGAUAAUGAUCCAAAUAGUGAUGAAGCUUUAUUGGAAUACAAUGUAUUAACAUCAUUACAUUUGAGAAAAGCAAAAUUAAUGUUUUUUUAUACAAGAUAUCCCAGUUCAUCAAUAUUAAAAGUUUAUUUUCCGGAUGUAAGAUUUAACAAAUUAAUAACAGCACAAUUAGUCAAAUGGUUCAGUAAUUUUCGUGAAUUUUUUUAUAUUCAAAUUGAAAAAUAUGCUCGACAAUAUUUAGCUGAAGGUGUACAAAAUAUUGAUGAUUUAGUGGUGACAACUGAUUCAGAUUUAUAUCGUGUAUUAAAUGUACAUUAUAAUAGAAAUAAUCAACUUGAUGUACCUAAUAGUUUUUGUGAUGUUGUUGAAGCAACAUUAAAAGAAUUUUAUCAUGCCAUUCAACAACAAAAAGAUGUUGAACCAUCAUGGAAAAAAACUAUAUAUAAAAUAAUUGCUCGAAUGGAUGAUCAAAUACCAGAUUAUUUUAAAGAUGAACAUUGGAUUAGAACAAUUUAA